GUGGCUGCUACCACCGACGACGAAGCUGGGAACCGGGGACUGCGUCGCAACCGCGCAAGGGGGGCAGCAGAUCGGUACCGCACCGAACUCCGCUUUCUCAGUGUCCCUUCGACCACACAUCCGAAACUGCAUACGCGUACUUCGGACAGCGGGACCGGGAGCGCAAAUAUAGCCGAUCUCAGCCUACGUCGGGUGACAGCCGGCGCCGAGAGCUCGCGCACGCGACAUUCGGACGCAAAUUGUAGAAGAAACGCCCUCCGCGAGCGGAAAACGGAAAAGAGUAGUCCAUCGAAAAUAAUGAGACACGCGUAUCGGCGAUAACUCCCGUGGGGCGAGAUCCAAGUGGACGGUACCAGUCGUCGAAAAAAAAUUAGCCUACGCAAAUAAUACGAGACAAUCGGAUCGGCGAUAAAUUUCAUCUCGUUCAGACAAAGUCCGAGUGCGAGUCACGGAGGUUUUCGGAUGCUUGAGACGUGUAACGAGAUAUAAUGAACGGAAAUAAUAAAAUAUAAUAAUUAGGCGGCAACGUUUUCCUUUGGCGAAAGCCUUUUCACGCAUAUAUAAGAAGGCGUAACGGUAUAAUAAAAUAUAAUAAUUGAUCGGCAACGAGUUUAAGUUGAGGAUUCGAGGUGAACGUUUUGUGAAGUUGGUACCAAUUGUGACGAAUUAAAGGAGCCUGACGGUGAUAAGAUAUCGGGCAACAUGCUUGGCGGAUACGAGGCGCAACCCGAGUAUUAUCCGCAGUGGCAUCAGCCGUAUAAUUAUGUCACUCAACUUCCCUACGGGUCCCUCGGCUCGGUUCCCGAUGCCGACAGUCAGUCCACGUAUUGGGGAGGCGCGGAUUCCGGUAUUUCGGGGGGUAGCUCGGGGGCCGGCAGCCCCACCGCGUCGACGCCACCCCUUAUCGAGGAGAUCGGGGUCCAGGAGCCGAGUUACUCGCCUCUGCAACAGUACGUGCACCCCUCGGCCGGCCAGCAUUACGCCACCCUGUCGUACCCCCAGGCCCAACAGGAAACGUCACCGCACCAUCACCACCAUCAUCCGCAUCAUCACCACCAUCAACCUGGUCACCGACGCGAGCACGAGUUUGCGAGCGCCCAGAUUGGCCAACAGAUCGUCGGCGGCACCCUUCAGCAACAUCUCCAGGGCGUUCGCGAGGGUGGCGUGACGGUCAGGCCGAAGAGACGGAACACCGCGAACAAAAAGGAAAGGAGGAGGACGCAAAGCAUUAAUAAUGCCUUUUCUGAUUUGAGAGAAUGCAUUCCUAACGUGCCCUCGGAUACAAAAUUGUCAAAGAUCAAGACCUUAAGGCUAGCCGCGUCCUACAUCGGGUAUCUUAUGGCGGUGUUGGAAAGCGACGAGGGAGAGGAACCGCAGACCUUCCGCGCGGAGAUUCUCUCGAACGGCAGGAGGAAUAAAGCGACUCAACCUAAUCAAAAUGAGUCGUGUUUGCAAUCUGCCUCAAAUCUCGGCCACGAAGAACCGACGAAGAGCAAAGGACGGACCGGUUGGCCGCAGCACAUGUGGGCCCUCGAAUUGAAGCAAGAAUCACCGACCAGCCAGAUGCAAUAAAAUAUACCGGAGACACCACUGUCAAAACAUAUCCGCGAUAUUUCACGAAAUAUCGCUCGAAACGAUCGUUCCUUUUUGCGCCUGACAUUAUUUUUUACGUCGGGAAGAAAGUGCGGCCCCCGCGAUUUAGCGGCUUUCAAACUUUUUCAAAUGCUCGGAAGAAGUGUGAGAAAUUCAAAAUUAUUGAGAAAUAAUAUAACUUUGUUGAUAAAAAUAAUGUUUUAUUAAAAAAUCCCAAACUUUGAGAAAAAUCCCGAAAACUCGCGAUCGGGAAAAAGAUAUAAUUACUCGGUGUAAAAAGGGUGGAUUAUUUUGUAUAUAGUACGCGUUCAUGAUUAUUGUAUAUAUACGUAGAAUUUUGUUCCUUGUGUAGCAAUCGGUGUUCAUACUUUGAGCCAAAGAAUAUUAUUUUACCGAUGAGACUCUUUUUCGUUUAAGUUAAUAGUAACGCGAUUAAGUUAUAAUAAAGAUCACGAUUUUGGGUUGAACACGUGUCGUUGAUUAGAAUUAAGAACCUUUGUAAAGUUUUGUAUAAAGUAUCGUUAUAGAAAUGUAUAAAAUGUCGCAAGCAAUAAACAAAGUACCAUAAAA